AUGAUUGGACCUCUCAAGGUCCUCGUUGCCAAUCUAAAGGCAAACGACCCUCCAAUUAUCGUCUCAGCACAGACAAAUCAUGCACUCGAUCAAUUACUCAACCAUAUCAUGAAAUUCGAGCCAUACAAAGAUUCGGAAGCGAACCUUAAGGCUCAGAGAGCACUUCCUGUGAAGCCGGACGGACAUACUGUUACUGCCGAUGGCAGAGAGAUCGUUCUCGUUGAUGCUGCUCUUUGGACCAGCACGAGCGCUCUCAAUAGAAUGUCACAAGAAAUUGGGACAAUUCAAGGAGUUUAUACCUUCUUUGCAUAUGGUUACGGUGAUGGAACUGCCAAAACAAGAAUGAUCUACAUUACCUUGCCUGUAGAUUUUAACUUCCAAGACUUCCUAGACAUGACACACAUCAGAACGAUUGAUGGCAGACUGUUGGCUUUGGAGGAUGUUCACAUGGGUUGGAAAUUGAAGGAUCCCUAUAACAAUGACUUGUCGUAUAACCCCAUGAUGGUCUCGACCGGGAUAUGA